CUUUGCAAUCAACUGUGACCAGAAUGAACGAAAAAUUGAAGGAAACAAGAAAAGCGGGGUAUAAAGGUGGGAUACGGAUGAAAAGCCUCAUUUCCGAAAGAUACUCAAUGUGUAGGGGCAGAGGUGGGAUGAUCAUGGAAUCAACACCCCUCUUUCGCAAUCAGCAAUGGAGUCAGCCCCAGGAACUCAGCAUUAAUACCCCUUCUUCGCAAAUCUCAAUUGAUAACAACCAAGGUGAAAAAUUAUUCAAAACUUCUUGAACGCUCUCGCGAUAGUGACUCUCAACUCGAACGAAUUCUAAAAUGCCCCCUCAUAACAAAAAACCCCUUCAUGUACAGCACAAGAAGCAUGGCGACCAUGACCAUAUCAUGAAACGCAUGGAUGCAUACAUCAAAGCAUACAAGAAAGGAGACACCGAAGCCAUCAUGAAAUACUACCAUCCGACCAACUUUGUCUACUCAGAUUUCAGUACACCCAACAAACAACUCAUGGGUCUUUCGGAAGUCGAGUCGUACUAUUCCAAAACCUUUUCCGACUUCCACGACCUCACAAUAACCACUGCCUCGGUACAUGGACACAAAGAUUUCACAGCCUGGGAGUGGGAAAUCACAUGCAGACCAGCGCUAUGCCCAGAGACAGGCGAGCGACUACCGAAAGAAAAGACAGAGUUGAAAAAAUUGGUAGGUUGUACGUUGAUGUGGUGGGAAGAUGAUUUGAUUAUUAGAAAUCAUGACUAUGUGCAGUUGAAGGACAUUUAGGCGGAGAUUGAUAAAGGGGCAGACUGAGGUGUCCGUGAAGACGAAUUGGUAUGCGCGUAGCGGCAAAUAUCAUGUAUGUAGUUAAGUUUUGUAUUCAGUGUUUGAUGCGGUCGCCAUGGAGAAAUGCCGGAUGCGGAAAUGAUGUUACAUUUGAAUUGGCUUUGUGAAAUUUAAGGGUACUCGGAUGUACACGCGAGCGGUUGUUGUGAUUUUAUGCAAAUGAACAUAUUAAGGUUAAAUAAUGGAAUAUCUGACCAACAAUUGUUCCACGAAAACUGU